UCUGAAGUUAGAAACUUAUAGUAUAGUACAUUUGGAUGAAAAGACACAUUAAUAUUGUAAACAACUAUUUAAUUUUCAUUGUUAAAUAAUAAUUUAUACUAUUCUAUACUGUUUUAUAAAAUGAAUAGUUCAUCGGAUCCUAGGCGUCCAGAACGAGAAAUUCGUUAUAAACCUAAUGUGUCAAGCAAUCAAGCACAACCUGGCGACAACUCAACUCCAGAUUAUAUGAAUAUAUUAGGAAUGAUAUUUAGUAUGUGUGGUUUAAUGAUGAGAUUAAAAUGGUGUGCAUGGGUUGCAUUAUAUUGUUCAUGUAUUAGUUUUGCUAAUUCUAAAGUGAGUGAUGAUACUAAACAAAUUCUUAGUAGUUUUAUGUUAUCAAUAUCAGCUGUUGUAAUGUCAUACUUACAAAAUCCACAACCCAUGACUCCACCAUGGGCAUCUGCAAUAUAAUAAAGAAAUUUUUAAAUUUCUGUAAGUUUUUGUGAUCAUUAAUUAUUUAAUAAAUUUUUGGGGAACAUA